AUGGUAUUAUCCACCAUUACGGGCGCUGUUUUAUUCUUCUUUGCUAUCUUCCAGUGUUCACCCAUUUCGUUCUAUUGGGACAAAGAGGGAGUUCAAGGUAUAUGUCGCACCGAUACUGAGGUCAAGAUCAUGUACUUCUAUAGUGUGAUCGACGUCAUUUUCGACAUUGCGAUUGGCAUUUUGCCUGCAAUCUUUAUACACAAACUCAAGCUGGAUCGCCGCACCAAGCUCGGCAUUGCUGGUCUUCUUGGACUUGGCUGCAUUGCAUGUGCAGCCGUCAUCGCGCGAAUCCCCUUUCUACAUCUGAUGACGGAGGAAAGCUUUCUGUACGAAACAACCAUGGUCGCGGUAUGUUCCGAUGUGGAAACCGGCCUAGGCAUCAUAGCAGGAUGUUUUAUAGUCAUACGACGAGGCUUCUCCUUCAACAAAUCCAACGAAAAGGAUAUUCCAAAAGGCUAUGUGACCCCUCAGUUCGUCUCUCAAACAUCUGACAGCACGCUGAGAGUCGAGUAUGUCUGA